AUGAAGGGACCCGGGGCCUCGCUGCUGCUCCUGACCCUCGCCCUUUGCUGGGCUGCGGGGACGGCCACCGACAACGAAUUCUUCCUGGAGUUCCUCCAGACGCUGCUGGUGGGCUCGGUGGACGACCUGUACUCGGGGCCCCUGGCGGCCUACAAGAUCAACCCCGACGCCAAGGCCGCCAUGUCCGACCUCAAAGCCUGCAUCGACAACCUGGCCGGCGUGCACAAGGCCGAGCUGGUCAAGCUGCUGGUGGUUGUAUUGGACAGUCGCGCGGAUGACGCCUGA